AUGAAGAAGCACAUACAACACUCCCCUAAAUGCUAUGAGGAGUGGAAGAAGCAGCUGGCCCGCUUCACGGUCAAUGUCUUCGACGUUAGGGCAGAUGAUUCAUCUGUACGCGCGCCUGGUGAACCCAUGUCAGAUUCUGAGCUAGAAGAUGUUCCCGAGGUACACUAUGCAGACUCACCGGAGCCUGCGGACCAUGGCAAUGCACCCGAGGCUAGCGGGGAUCGUCGUGCUCGAGUCGAGGAGGUAGAAGAUGAGGGCGACAAACCGCCAUCUUCUUAUGGGCGGUAUGCCGAAGCAUAUCCUGAAGCAGGGUGCGCUGGUGCGGUAUAUCCUGAUAGGGCUCCUACGAAAUUCGAGGACAUCUUGGGAGACCAGAAGGCACGGGGCGCAGGUUUGUACGAUCCAUUUGCAGACGAGCAGGAGUGGGAGUUGGCGCAAUGGUUAGCAACACAUGUGGGCCAAACGGCCACGGAGGAGUUUCUUAAGCUUUCCAUCAUCCAGGAGCGAAUAGCCCCGACAUUCCAUAACAAUCGAGUGUUUCAAUGA